GCCAAUAUAGAUAGUUACAUUAUUUAGUGGUGUACAUCCUUCAAACAUAUAUCGGAAAAAGUAUAGUUUAUAUUGACUUCUAAUAAUUUACAUUGACAAAAAACGGUAUAACCUUAUAUGUUUACAGUACUAGUAUACUAGUAUGUAUGAAAGUUUGGCAACAUUCGAUAGUAAUUAAUCGUCAUCCAAACAAAGAGUGAUAAAUAUUUCUGCACUACGUGUUAUUCAUUUUAUCAUAAUGUAACCAGGAAGUAGUACUUGGGAUGUCAAAUUAUAGUUACAUUGAAAGGAUCAAAGUUUAACCUCUCCCACAAAAUGGCGACAGACAAGGACAUUAAGUCGUCUGUUGUUGCUAGUUCAGAGGAGAUUUUUGAUACAAAUUGCUCACCGUGUUCGGAAUCUGGAAAACUUAUAGAAGCAGUUAAGUUUUGUGUGGAUUGUGGGUCGUAUUUCUGUUCUAAAUGUCUUCAACAUCACAAUAAAUUUCCAGCACUAAGAUCACACCAGAUAUUAGACAAAUCAGAUAAAAUCAAAUCAGAUGGAAAUAUUGAAACAGGACCCGGACUACCAACAGAAAGGUGCGCAAUUCAUCAUAGCAAGUUAGUCGACAUGUUUUGUAAAGACCAUGACGAAGUUUGUUGUGCAGCAUGUAUAGCAAUAAAACACAGGUCAUGUAUAAAUGUUGAUUAUCUACCCGACGUUGCCAAGGGUAUAAACAACAGUGCUGAGUAUGAAAAAACUAAAUCAUCACUAGAGAAUGUUCUCAUUGAAUUAAGAGGUGUGAUAAAAGCUAAAACAGAUAAUCUCAAAAUACUUCUAGAAGAUAAGGAGCAAUUGUUUGAAGAUAUGGAAAACUUGAAAACGGAAAUUCUGAUGAAGAUUGAACAGCUGGUAGAAACUUCAAAACAACAAGUAUCAUUGAAGUUUGGAGAAGUAAAGAAACAUAUCCAGUCAGAUCUAGACGCUUUAAAUACUAUUUUAACAACGACAACAACAGAUCUCCGGAAACUGUCAGAAAAAAAUGAACCCCAGUUGUUUGUAAAUCUUAAAGCAAGUAAAGUUUCUAUCAGGGAUUGUGAAACUUUUUUGAGUGAAUUAUCAACAGGUAAAGUAAAUGAGAAGUUGGGAUUGAUGGCGAAUAACAAUCUGAAAGAUAAACUAAAUGGCAUUGAGAGUUUAGUUGUUGACAUUGUGUGAAGGAAUACAAAGCAA